AUGAAGUAUAUUGCAGGACCUGCUAACAUAUCAGACUCACUAUCGCGACUGUGCUCACAGUUCGAUUUACCUUUCGACGAGAAUGCUGAGCAUUAUUUAUGCGCAAUUGGAGAAGGGCUUACAGCAAUAACUUUGGAAGAAAUACGAUUGGAAACUGUAUGCGAUGAAAUUUUGGCAGGAGUUGUUAAGGCACUUGAAACCGGCAUUUGGCCAUCAGUACUUUUUCAGUAUCAAGCAUUCUCUACUGAGUUGGGAAUUCCAAAGGGAAUUGUGGUGCGUGAAGAUAGAAUCGUGCUGCCAGAAAGGCUUAGAUUAAGAACGCUGGAUAUAGCACAUAGAGGUCAUCCCGGAAUAGUGGCUAUGCGUAUGAAUCUCCGAGAGAAAGUGUGGUGGCCGGGUAUGGAUAGAGAUAUCGUAAAUAGGAUUAAAGAGUGUGCUGGUUGCGCUGCAGUGAGCAAACUAACACCACCAGAACCGAUGCAGAGGGAAGGAAUGCCAGAUCGGGCCUGGCAAGAGAUUGCGAUUGAUUUCUUUUCAGCAAAGGAGUGUGCGACGUUUAUGGUUGUUGUCGACUAUUAUAGUUGGUUUCUACGGGUUAUCGAGAUGAAGAGUACGACUGCAGAGAAGACUAUCGAUGCUCUGGAAGGUAUAUUUAUCGAGCAAACGUACCCAGAGACGAUUCGUAGUGAUAAUGGCCCGCCGUUCUCGAGUGAAGAAUUUGCACAGUACUGCUCGAAUAAAAACAUAAGACUUAUUCGUACCAUUCCAUACUGGCCGCAGAUGAACGGUCUUGUAGACGGUCUUGUAGGUCUUCGGACACUUCGGAUCGCCAAAGGUCUUCGGACACUUCGGAUCGCCAAAGCAACGAAGUCGGACUGGCGGAAGGCAAUAACUGAGUAUGUGUAUGUCUACAAUACAACACCGCAACCAGUCACCGGAAAAGCUCCAAUGGAACUUCUAACUGGUCGGCCGGUGAAAGACUUAUUACCCUCUUUGAGAACCGAUCCUAGCUGGAAUCGCGACGAAAGCGUGCGCGAAAAUGAUGCUAUCAAAAAAAAAAUAAAGGGAAAAUCUAUGCUGACCAACGUCGUCAUGCGAGAGAUCGAAGUUGGCGAUUAUGUGAUGAUUAAGAACAACGAAUGCGGGAAAGUUGAGCCGAAGUUCCGCCUAGAGAAAUUUCAAGUUUUAAAAAAGAACGGCAGUGAUACAAUCGUCGUAAAUGAGGACGGUGUUCGGUUUCGGCGUUGUAUCUCACAUCUUAGGAAAUGGCCUUCUACCUCGGCUCAACUCAAGACCCCAGAACCAUCUGAACCUUCAGCAUCGAACAAUCAAGAGAAAAGAGAAGACACACUUGUCUCUCAACCAUCAUCAAAGGAAUUCGUGACGGCAGAACAGAGUAGUCCACCAGACGAAAAUCCGCGAGAACGUCCUAGAAGGAUGCGGAAGCUGCCACGUCGUUAUGACAUUUAA